AUGGCGACGUUUCCAAAUGAGUUAUUUUUUGCUUCAGCAUCGUUAGCUUUAGUAGUAGCUAGCGAGCAAGCUGCAAGUGAAACUAAUACGAACAGUACGAAAACGUCGGCAUCAGUCGGGCGAAAUGGCCGGCAAUACUACGGCCCCGUUGACCAGGGCCACAACGAGGUAGUCGUCGAUAUCGAGGACGACGAGAAGACCCAGUACUAUGAAACCAAUUAUGAUACCAGCGCAUACGGUUUCGGUUACGACGUGGGCCCGAACGGGCAAUUCCACCACGAGAACCGCGGCCCAGACGGCGUCACGUACGGCUGCUACGGGUACGUGGACCCGGAUGGCGUGCUGCGCGCCACGCACUACGUCGCCGACAGCCAUGGCUACCGCGUCAUCGAGCCGGGGAAACCUGUCGAGGUGUUCCCGGACGAAAAACACGAGUACGACGAAAACUCCGUAGACAACAAACCGAUCAAAGGCCAGAUAAUUCCGUACGAAAAGUUGUACUUCCCGAAGGGAUGCGGCCGCACGCCCGGCGGUGUUCCGGCCAAGCCGAUACCGGUGAAACCCCGCCCUCCGAAGCCGCCCACCGACAGCACUGGUGGGGUGGUUCAGGCGGAUACUACCCGGGCCAACCGGGCGCUCCCGGCGCUCCCGGCGCUCCAGGCACUCCAGGCACCCCAGGCACUCCUGGGAGUCCAGGUGGACCAGGAGGCCCAGGAGGCCCGGGUGGACCAGGUGGCCCUAACGGCCCUAAUGGCCCAGGAGGCCCUGGUGGACCAGGUGGCCCUAAUGGUCCAGGUGGACCAGGUGGUCCUAAUGGUCCCAAUGGACCAGGAGGAAGCGGAUACCACCCCGGAAAGCCCGGACAACCAGGACAACCAGGCACCCCCGGCACACCAGGAUCACCGGGCACCCCAGGAGGACCGGGCGGACCAGGUGGACCAGGGGGCCCUGGUGGUCCUAAUGGUCCCAAUAGACCAGGAGGAAGCGGAUACUACCCCGGACAGCCCGGACAACCAGGACAACCAGGCACCCCCGGCACACCAGGAUCACCGGGCACCCCAGGAGGACCAGGCGGACCAGGCGGACCAGGUGGACCGAGUGGCCCUAAUGGACCAGGUGGAAGCGGAUACUAUCCCGGACAACCUGGACAACCAGGCACCCCUGGCACACCAGGAUCACCGGGCACCCCAGGAGGACCGGGCGGACCAGGUGGACCUGGAGGCCCAGGUGGCCCUAAUGGACCAGGCGGAAGCGGAUACUAUCCCGGACAACCCGGACAACCAGGACAACCAGGCACCCCCGGCACACCAGGAUCACCGGGCACCCCAGGAGGACCGGGCGGACCAGGUGGACCGGGUGGCCCUAAUGGACCAGGUGGAAGCGGAUACUAUCCCGGACAACCUGGACAUCCAGGCACCCCUGGGACACCAGGAUCACCGGGCACCCCAGGAGGACCGGGCGGACCAGGUGGACCUGGAGGCCCAGGUGGCCCUAAUGGACCAGGCGGAAGCGGAUACUAUCCCGGACAACCCGGACAACCAGGCACCCCUGGCACACCAGGAUCACCGGGCACCCCAGGAGGACCGGGCGGACCAGGUGGCCCAGGAGGCCCUGGUGGUCCUAAUGGUCCCAAUAGACCAGGAGGAAGCGGAUACUACCCCGGACAGCCCGGACAACCAGGACAACCAGGCACCCCCGGCACACCAGGAUCACCGGGCACCCCAGGAGGACCGGGCGGACCAGGUGGACCGGGUGGACCUGGAGGCCCAGGUGGCCCUAAUGGACCAGGCGGAAGCGGAUACUAUCCCGGACAACCCGGACAACCAGGACAACCAGGCACCCCCGGCACACCAGGAUUACCGGGCACCCCAGGAGGACCGGGCGGACCAGGCGGACCAGGUGGACUGGGUGGCCCUAAUGGACCCAAUGGACCAAGCGGAAGCGGAUACUACCCCGGACAACCAGGACAACCCGGCACUCCAGGCACGCCAGGAUCUCCGGGCACCCCUGGAGGACCAGGCGGACCAGGCGGACCAGGUGGACCAGGAGGUCCUUCUGAGCCAGCUGGACCGAGCCGUCCCCCAGGUUCCCCCGGACAACCUGGUGCUCCGGGUAGCCCAGGAUCUCCGGGCACACCGGGAGGCCCAGGAGGCCCAGGCGGACCAGGAUACCCCGGUCAGGCAGGACAACCCGGACAGCCAGGAUACCCAGGACAACUCGGCCAACCCGGUAAACCAGGACAACCGGGAUACCCAGGACAGCCCGGACAACCUGGAUACCCAGGACAUCCCGGACAACCUGGAUAUCCAGGACAACCAGGACAGCCCGGCGGACCAGGACAACCUGGUUACCCAGGUCAACCUGGUCAAUCCGGACAGCCAGGAAAACCAGGACAACCCGGCCAACCAGGAGGUCCAAGUCAACCAGGACAGCCAGGUAAACCUGGUACACCCGGUAAACCCGGACAGCCAGGACACCCCGGACAACCUGGUUACCCAGGACAACCUGGCCAACCCGGUAAACCAGGACAACCAGGACAGCCUGGACAACCAGGAUACCCUGGUCAACCCGGUCAGCCUGGCCACCCAGGACAACCCGGAUACCCAGGACAACCAGGACAAACAGGAGGACCUGGUCAGCCUGGACAACCUGGAUACCCUGGACAACCAGGACAGCCCGGAUACCCAGGACAACCCGGAGGACCUGCACAGCCCGGUCAACCUGGCCUUCCGGGACAACCAGGACAACCCGGAGGACCUGGUCAACCCAGUCAACCUGGAACCCCAGGAAAACCAGGUCAACCUGGUAAACCUGGACAACCCGGAUAUCCAGGCGGCUCCGAUCAAACCGGACACCCAGGACAACCAGGUCAACCAGGAAAACCAGGUCAACCCGGGCAACCAGGACAGCCAGGUAAACCUGGUACACCCGGUCAACCCGGACAGCCAGGACAACCGGGACAACCAGGACAGGCCGGUUACCCAGGACAACCAGGACAACCCGGAGGACCUGGCCAGCCCGGACAACCUGGAUACCCUGGACAGCCCGGUCAGCCUGGCCACCCAGGACAACCCGGAUACCCAGGACAACCAGGACAACCCGGAGGACCUGGCCAGCCUGGACAACCUGGAUACCCUGGACAGCCCGGUCAGCCUGGUCACCCAGGACAACCCGGAUACCCUGGACAACCAGGACAUCCCGGAGAACCUGGCCAGCCAGGUGGUCCCGGUCAACCUGGAUACCCUGGGCAACCAGGACAACCUGGACACCCAGGACAACCCGGUCAACCAGGCGGUCCCGGUCAACCUGGAUACCCAGGACAACCAGGACAGACCGAAUACCCAGGACAACCGGGACAACCUGGAGGACCUGGACAGCCUGGCCACCCAGGACAACCCGGAUACCCAGGACAACCCGGAGGACCUGGCCAACCUGGACAACCUGGCCACCCAGGACAACCCGGAUACCCAGGACAACCUGGAGGGCCUGGUCAGCCAGGACAACCUGGACACCCGGGGCAACCAGGACAACCCGGAUACCCAGGACAACCAGGACAACCCGGAGGACCUGGUCAGCCCGGAGAACCCGGUCAACCAGGACAGCCCGGAAAACCAGGUCAAACCGGUCAACCUGGAACCCCAGGACAACCAGGUCAACCUGGUAAACCAGGACAGCCCGGACAGCCCGGAUAUCCAAGCGGUUCCGAUCAAACCGGAUACCCAGGACAACCAGGAAAACCAGGACAACCCGGUCAACCGGGAGGCCCAGGUCAACCAGGACAACCAGGAUACCCAGGACAGCCAGGUCAGCCAGGUGGUCCCGGUGAACAUGGGCAACCUGGACAACCAGGCAGCCCCGGUCAACCUGGAUACCCAGGACAACCCGGACAACCUGGAACGCCAGGACAACCAGGUCAACCCGGCGGCCAGGGCCAACCUGGAUACCCAGGACAACCCGGACAACCAGGUAGUCCCGGUCAACCUGGAUACCCUGGGCAACCAGGACAACCUGGACACCCAGGGCAACCCGGUCAACCUGGAUACCCUGGACAACCAGGACAACCUGAACAGCCAGCCCAACCCGGAUACCCAGAUUCAGAUGGUCAACCUACCGGCACUGGAGUACAACCUCCAUCACAGCCUCCACCGGGCGCCCAAAUGCCGCCAUUCCCGAUCUACGUCAUACCUUACCCGCUGCCCAUCGUCCCGAGCCCUGGACAGUGCCCAUGCUAUCUAGUUAACCCCGGCAAUGACUCUACUGCGGUCUCUCAACCUCCACCUCAGCAACCUCAACAACCUAGCAACCAAGGCGGCUACAAUGCUCCUUAUGGAAUCAUCGGUUUCGUUCCCGUCGUAUUCGUACCAUACUG